AUGGACUCGCACACUAACGAUAUAGACUCACACACUGAUGAUAUGGACUCACACACUGACUUUAUAGACUCGCACUCUGACGAUAUAAACUCAUACACUGACGAUAUGGACUCCCAAACGGAUGAUAUGGAGUCACAAACUGACUUUAGAGACUGGCACUCUGACGACAUAGAUUCACACAAUCAUGAUAUGGACUCAUACACUGACUUUAUAGACUCGCACACUGACUUUAUAGACUCAUACACUGACGAUAUGGAUUCAUACACUGACGAUAUAGACUCAGAUACUGACGAUAUAAACUCACAUACUGACGAUAUAAACUCGCAGACUGACGAUAUAAACUCACUCACUGACGAUAUGGACUCACACAAUGACAAUAUAGACUUACACACUGACGAUAUAGACUCACACACUGACGAUAUAGACUCACACACUGACGAUAUAGACUCGCACACUGACGAUAUAGAAUCGCACACUGACGAUAUGGACUCACACACUGACGAUAUGGACUCACACUAUUACGAUAUGGACACACACACUGACGAUAUGGACCCACACACUUAUGGCAUGGACUCACACACUGACGAUAAAGACUCACAUACUGACGAUAUGAACUCACAAACUGAUGAUAUGGACUCAAACGAAAGAGACGGAUCUAAACUUUAA